GGUCACCAACCAUCUAGUACCUCUUUUUCUCAAAAACACAUUUCCUCAAGUAAGAAGCCAUUCUGUUUGCCUCUAUAUGAAGACCAACUAUAUAAUGACUUUUUUUGCUCGCGUUGCAUCGCUGUCCCGUAUUCUUCUUUUUUCACGCCGUGACAUUAUUUAACAUCACUCAGAGAUGUCUUCCGUCCAAACACAUCCUGCUGUCCAGCAAGCACAAGACAAGGCGGGUUACUACCUUAGCCAGCUCGAUAAGGAGCUCUCCAAGUAUGGCCCUGCCAACACGUUUGAGCAGAAAACGCAAAUUCCCAAGACUUAUGGUGCAAUUGGAGUGGCCCUUGUGGUGUUGGUUUCUCUUUUCAUCAACACCCUGGCUCAUUCCAUCUCGAACUUGGUUGGGUUCGUCCUUCCCGCGUUUCUCUCCGUCAAGGCCAUCGAAUCUCCCGGUCACGAGGAUGACGUCCAAUGGUUGACAUAUUGGGUUGUCUUCGGAACUUUCACUGUUGUCGAGUCUGUGGCAUUGCGCCUCGCUCUGUACUACCUCCCAUUUUACUUUGUGUUCAAGACCAUUUUUAUCCUUUGGCUCCAACUACCAGCAACCAAGGGUGCCCGCACGUUGUACUUCAGUAUCCUCAAGCCAGUAUUGGCUAAUAAUGGUCGACUCGGCCCUGUAGGAGCCCAGUGAUCGUGGAUAACUCCCUGGAAGUGAUUUCUAGUGCAUUCC